GUAGACGUGACCCUCGGAAGUGAGUUCGUUUCGGACAUUUCAGCCCCUCGCUUGCAACCACGCAACCUGCCGAGGUUAAGACAACACUGCCUAUACUUCCAGGCAACAGCACCACGCCGUCGACCCUGUAAAAGAGCUCGGAACACCGCUUGGUCACGCAUCGCCAUGUCCGAAGUAACCCCACCUGAGCCGGGCGCCAGCGAUUAUGAGAUUUACAAGGAAGGAUUUCACGAUCGUCUGUCCAGGUACUGGCCAGAGCCGCGUGAGCAGCUGCACGCGGGCGGCUGGCAGCGCACCAACCAGAUGCUCGGAGACAUCCGCCACCUCGCUGCAGUCCACGGCUGCGGCCAAAUCAAGCAGGCCCUGGACCUGUGCUGCGGUGAGGGCGCUACGGCCGUAUACGUUGCGGCCAAGGAAGGAUGGGAGGUGACAGGCGUUGAGAUCGUUCCAACAGCCACCAAGGUGGCGCGCGCGCGGGCCAGCGCGUACGGCAGCGUGGUGCGGGUACGGAUUGCGCCGCACGGUACUGACGGCGCCGUACAGCUGGGGCUGUCGUACACAGCGGUAGAGGACCUGGUGCGGUUCGCGGCGGCGUCCAUCCACUACAUGCCGCUGCCCUCCAACUCGUACGACCUAGUUUACGGACAGGAUCCAGACGGCCUGGCCAAUGAGCACCGGAUCCACGCCUUUAAGGAGGUGCUGCGCGUGCUGCGCCCCGGCGGCCUCUUCUACUUCUGGCACCACUGGAUCCCGGGCCCUGGCUGGCCUGCCGCGCUGCUGGACGAGUACGGCGCUGACCCGGUGACCGGCUCGCCGCGGCUGAGCUACGAGCAGUACGUGGAGGACCUCCAGGCGUCCGGACUGCAGCUGGUGUCCGCCACGGACUGUACGGCACUGGCCGCCCGCCACAUGGGCGCCAUGGCGGGCCGCAUGCGGGCGGAGGCGGGGCUGGGGCCGGCCGACCCACUGCCCGACAAGUGGCUGGACCGCAGCCUGCAGUUUGCUGAGCGCGGCGGCACCAUGGGCAUCGCGGCCGUUGCUAUCAAGCCCAGGCAGUAGCCAGCAGUAGCCAGCAGGGACUAGGGGGCCUGUCAGGGGGUUCAGCCGUUCACUGAGAAUAGGGUGGGGGGCGCGCGCGGUGGCCGCCCAAGCGUAGCUUUUAGGGGUGGGUGGCGGGGCCUGGGGCGGGGCUUGAGGUGGUGCGAGCUGGGACGGAAGAGGAGGUAACGGCCUAGCGCCGUGGAGGUACGUACUUUUCGCUGGGUGGCAUGGGCCCGGAGAGAUGAAUGGGCUGUGGGGACGUGGCGUUGGCGAUAGAUGUGGCAAGCGUGCCAAUCUACCCUCUGUGAAAAGAGUCAACACUGGUCACCAGCCGGCAAGUACACGGCCAUCGGGGCUUUCUCUAAAUCCGAUCUACAGUGCCCUCCACGGGUGCGACAUGCCCCCACGGUAGUAGGGCCAUCCAUGGCUCUAUCUCGCCAACGCGGCGUCCUCACACGCCGAAGCAAUGUGUUGAGUUUGCGCCUAGAACAGACGACCACUCAGGACGGUGUAUAGGGGCUCGCGCUGAGGCAGUCGGAUCAACCCAUCUAGUUC